AUGGAACCCAACAGCCCCUCCCUCCUCUGGGCCCACGAACUCCGCCGCGAAAACAUCCACCUCAUCAACCGCCUCGACACGGCCCACGCAGAGCUCACCUCCCUAACAUCCACCGUCGCCGAGCUCCAGCGCACAACGACCCAUCUCGCAGAGCAGAUCACCACCGUCGAUAACCGCUACGAGGCCCGGCUGGAUGGCUUGCGCGAUGGCUUCACGCAGAGGGUUGAUCUCCUUGUUCGGCGCGUGGAUGCGCUUGAGGGGAGGGUUGGGGUGUUGAAGGGGCGCGAGGCGUCCUCAGACUCAGACUCAACCUCAACCUCAAACCCAGACCAAGACAAAGACCAAGACCAAGACAAAGACCAAGACGAAAACACAGUCCUCGUCCCCGACUCCUUCCCCCCAGACAAGCGCCAACCAAACACCAACCAACAAGACUCCAACCCCAACGAACACGACUACCUAUCACCGCGUCCUCACCCCACACCAGAUCCUCCUACUCCUAGCCCUAUCACAGCCACUAGAACUACUACUCCAUCCACAGUCACCGUCACCACUCGCGACAGCCCCAGCCCGUCUAGUCCAGCGGUGUCAGAGCAGCGAACAACGAUAAACCUCCAACAAGGUACCCGAUCUCUUCAAGAGUAUGUCCGCUUUGGGGAGAGUCUGCGCGCGGAGUUGGAGCCGUGUAAGCGCGAGGGGGAGAUCGUGGGGCGGUUUGUGAAGGGAUUGAGUGAUGAGGGUGUUAGAGGGAUGGUGGAGAGGAGGAUGGAUUGUGUUGGGUGGGUUUGGGAGAGGAUGGUGGGUGUUUUGAGGGAGGUUGUUGGGGAUAGAGGAGGUGGCGCUGCUGCUGCUAUGGAGGAUAAUGGAGAGGGGGGCGAUACUAGUGUGAAAGGUAGGAGUAGACGAAGCAAGAGGAGGCGCAUUUCUAUUGUUUCUCCUGAUGAGGAGGAUCUGUUGCAAAUGGCUGGGAUGCAUGUUGGGUAG